GAAUUGAAAAAACAAGUUGGUAAAGGAAAAAGUAGAAUUCUUUCCCGGUUCAGUAGGCUGCUGUGACAUUUUCCGUUUCCCUCUCCAUUGCCUCUUCAACUACAAAAUCACAGUGUCUCAAUUGAACGAUCAAGAUGGCGUUAUCGACAAAUCGAACGGCGAUUAAUCACCUCCUAAAACCUUUAACCGUCUCCACGCGCCACCUCUCCUCGGCAACCAUAACCAUAGAAACAAGCCUCCCAUUCACCCCACACAAAAUCGAUCCUCCUUCACGCGCCGUCGAAACAAACCCUAAGGAACUCAUGAAAUUCUUCAACGACAUGGCGUUAAUGCGGCGAAUGGAAAUAGCAGCAGAUUCGCUUUACAAAGCCAAACUCAUCCGUGGUUUCUGCCACCUUUACGAUGGACAAGAAGCCGUUGCUAUAGGUAUGGAAGCUGCAAUUACGAAAAAGGACUGUAUAAUUACGGCUUAUAGAGAUCAUUGUAUAUUCCUUGCACGUGGUGGAGGGUUACAUGAGUCAUUUGCGGAGUUAAUGGGGAGGAAAGAUGGUUGUUCUAAAGGGAAAGGAAGUUCGAUGCAUUUUUAUAAAAAGGAGAGUGCAUUUUAUGGAGGUCAUGGAAUUGUAGGUGCUCAAGUUCCUUUAGGUAUUGGACUUUCAUUUGCGCAGAAAUAUUCGAAAGAGGAGCAUGUUACUUUUGCGAUGUAUGGUGAUGGUGCUGCUAAUCAAGGACAAUUGUUUGAAGCUUUGAAUAUGGCUGCUUUAUGGGAUCUGCCUGCCAUUCUAGUCUGCGAGAAUAAUCAUUAUGGAAUGGGGACAGCGGAAUGGAGGGCUGCAAAGAGUUCAGCCUAUUACAAAAGAGGGGAUUAUGUUCCUGGUUUAAAGGUGGAUGGUAUGGAUGCCCUUGCCGUAAAACAAGCAUGCAAAUUUGCCAAGGAACAUGUCCUCAAGAAUGGACCAAUUAUUCUUGAAAUGGACACCUACAGGUACCAUGGUCACUCCAUGUCUGAUCCUGGAAGCACCUACCGUACACGUGACGAGAUUAGUGGCAUUCGACAGGAACGUGAUCCUAUUGAGAGAAUUAGGAAACUCAUAUUAGCCCAUGAUAUAGCCACUGAGAAGGAGCUGAAGGAUAUCGAGAAAGAAAAGAGGAAAGUGGUAGAUGAAGCCAUUGCUAAAGCAAAGGAGAGCCCCAUGCCUGACCCUUCUGAACUGUUCACCAAUGUAUAUGUGAAAGGGUUUGGAGUUGCGGUCUUUGGAGCAGAUAGGAAAGAAGUCAGAGCCACACUUCCAUGAGGCAAAGCAUAUGGUUGCAAUUUUUGAUUGUGUUGCUUGGAUGCUGGAGAGAGAGAGAGAGAUAACUGCAAGAGAGCAAUAUGUCUGAUGACAAAGGCUUGAGUUUCUUCUGAUUGCGUAUAAAUAUUGAAAUGGCUUGUCUUUAUUGUAGGAAAUGGUUCUUUGUUUAUGUUUUUUGGCUCUUGCUGCAGAUACUUGGCCUAUGAAUUUUUUUGUACACGAUUGCAAUUUCAUAUAGCAAUAAAAUUGAGCAUGCAACCA